AAAUAUUAAACAAAAUAUUUUGGUUUUUUAACGUAGAGGUGUGGGGAUUUUGAUUUUUGUCUACUUUUUGAAUUUUAUGCAUUUUAUGUUUCAAUAAUUUUGCGAAUAAUAGAGGAAAACUCUAUCAUUCGCGCAAAUUAUGACUGAACAAUCCAGUGCAUUAAAAAUUAAUGAAAGAAACUUGACGCCUACUUCCAAAGAAGUUGUUUUUUUAACUUCAAAUGAAAGUAAUGUAAAGAAUGAUGAAGAAACAUCAUUUUCAACUUCAAAGUGGAUUAAACUUAAUGUGGGUGGUAAAGUGUUUAUGACAACUUUAUGCACGCUUGUAAGUCAGGAGCCGAAUAGUAUGUUAGCACGUAUGUUUUCGCAAAAUAGUGGUAUGAUACCAAGUGAACAAGACGAGCAAGGAGCAUAUUUGAUUGAUCGUAGUGCACAUUAUUUUGAACCUAUACUGAAUUACCUGCGACAUGGUAAACUGAUAUUAGAUUCAAAUAUGAGUGCCGAAGGUGUGCUAGAAGAAGCCAGAUUUUUUGGUAUUUAUUCGCUUGUAUCGCAGUUAGAGGAACAAACAAAUCAAUCAAUUGAUAACUUACCAUUGACUCGUCGUGAUGUUAUUAAAGCACUUAUACAAACCUCCCACAUAUCAGAAAUACGUUUUCAGGGUGUUAACUUAGCAGGAGCGGAUUUGAGAAAACUAGAUUUUCGGAACAUUAAUUUUAAGUAUGCAUGUAUGCAACGUUGUAAUUUAUCACACGCUAACCUUACCUACUGCUGCCUGGAACGUACGGAUUUGGCUUUUGCCAAUCUUGAGUGUUCACAACUUGUAGCUGUGCGAGGGCUGUGUGCUAAUAUGGAGGGUGCAAACUUACGUGGCUGCAAUUUUGAAGAUCCAUCUGGUUUGCGUACUAAUCUUGAAGGUGUUAAUCUAAAGGGUGCCUGUUUGGAAAGCAGUUAUAUGGGUGGUGUUAACUUACGUGUUGCAAAUCUUAAGGAUGCUAAUAUGAAAAAUUGCAAUUUACGAGCAGCCGUAUUAGCAGGUGCGGAUUUGGAACGAUGUAAUUUAUCGGGCAGUGAUCUACAGGAAGCAAAUUUACGUGGAGCAAACCUAAAAGAUGCAGAACUUACGCUCAUGGUAACACCACUUCAUAUGUCACAAGCUAUACGGUGAUGUGUUUGUGACAAAGAUAAUUAAGAUAUACUUAAGAUUACUGUGAUUUUAAAACCUCAGUCCCCAUGUGGCUUCGGUUUUUACUUAUAUGUCUGUAAUGUGCAUUUUUUUAUUUAUAAAAACAUAUAAUUUUAAAACUUGUUAAUAGACAAUUAAUUAAAAUUUUAACGUUACUAUUUCAAUGUUAUCAAAUUGUUCACACUGAAUUUGCAUACCACAACAGUGUAAAGGUGAUUUUUCAGAAGGAUGAAAAAUAAUCCUUUUGUCAAAAUAAUUUUGAUAAAAAAUUUCUAGACCAAGCUAUGUCAAUUACUACUGAUUUGUGCUAUAGUGGGCAAUUAUAAUUUACUAGUUAUACCUUCGAUAAUAGAUUUAUUUUAAAGCACAAUUUAAUAUGUUGAAGAAAAAACGACUAAUCAAGAUUGUGCUUUUAUCGAAAAUAAAGUAACUGAUACAAGCAAUAAGAAAAAUAACUGCUAAAAUUUAUUUGUAUUCGUCGGUGUUUGGGAAUAUAUAGUAACAAAAUAAAUUAUUGAAUGGAGAUUAAAAUAAAUAACAAUUUUCCUCAGUUUUCUAUUAAUUAGACUGUCUUACAAGUUAUUUGCUUUGAUUCCCAAAAUAUCGCAAAAUAUAUAUUAUUGAUAUGGGUACAUUCUUCAGUGCAAAAACUUAAGCAAAAAGCUGUGCUU